AGCACCCAAAAGAAGCUUGACCCCUCAAAAUAAUAUGGCCUAAAAUGGCUGUCCAAAAUUGCUCCCAAAAUGCUCUCUUUAAAUCCUCCCACCUUCACAUGACAAAAUAAGACAAAAGAAUCCAAAUAUAAAAACCAUAGCCACUCUACUUACUUCAAACUCUACAUAUAUACAUAUAUAUUUUCAUAACAACUCUCCCUCCUUGUAGCUAGCUAGUACUACUCCAUGGCGGUUGAGAUUGCGAAGGAGCCAUUCGAGGUUGAUCAGACCAUUGUCGAAGAUGAUAACAAUCUACGAUGGAAGAGGCUUCAACCAUGGACGAAGCAAUUAUCAAUUAGAGGAAUAAUAGCGAGUGUCAUUAUUGGAAGCCUCUAUAGUAUCAUAGCCAUGAAAUUAAACCUUACCAUUGGACUCGUCCCGAAUCUCAACGUCUCCGCCGCUCUUCUUGCAUUCGUCUUUGUUAGAGCGUGGACCAAAAUUCUUCAAAAAGCUGGCUUUGUAACUAAACCUUUCACUCGUCAAGAGAACACCAUGAUCCAAACUUGUGCCGUUGCUUGUUAUAGCAUUGCAGUUGGAGGUGGAUUUGGUUCAUAUCUAUUGGGGAUGAGUAGAAAAAUAUAUGAACUAUCGGGAGCACAUACGGAAGCAAAUUUUUCAUAUAGUGUGAAAGAACCAAGAUUAGGGUGGAUGACUGGAUUUCUUUUUGUUGUUUGCUUUGUGGGCCUUUUUGUUUUGAUUCCUCUUAGAAAGAUUAUGAUAGUGGACCUGCAAUUGACAUUUCCUAGUGGCAUGGCAACAGCAGUUAUGAUCAAUGGCUUCCACAAUCAGGGUGAUGAGAUGGCAAAGAAGCAAGUUAAAGGGUUUAUGAAGUACUUUUCAUUCAGCUUCUUUUGGGCUUUGUUCAAGUGGUUCUUUUCUGGCAAAAAUGGAUGUGGUUUCUCCCAGUUCCCCACUUUUGGACUCACAGCUUGGAAGCAAACAUUCUUCUUCGAUUUUGACUCAACUUUUGUAGGAGCAGGAAUGAUUUGUACCCACUUAGUGAACUUAUCAUUACUUUUAGGAGCUAUUCUAUCUUAUGGUCUAAUGUGGCCUCUUCUUGAUCAACUCAAAGGCCAUUGGUAUCCUGACAACUUGGACGAAAAUGACAUGAAGAGUUUAUAUGGAUACAAGGUUUUUCUAUCUGUUGCUCUAAUUCUAGGAGAUGGACUUUACAACUUCGUCAAGAUUCUUGCUUCAACAAUCAUAAAUAUAUGGAAAGUCAAGAAAGCAAAAAAAGGUUUAGAACACAAAGAGAACUCAAAAACAGACAAAAAACAAGAUGAAAUCUUCUUAAGAGAAAGCAUCCCAUUGUGGGUGGGAGUCAUCAGCUACAUAAUCUUGGCAACAAUGUCCACCAUUGUUAUCCCACAAAUGUUCCCUCAACUCAAAUGGUACUUCGUUAUCGUUGCCUACAUCCUCGCCCCUUCCCUCGCCUUCUGCAACGCUUAUGGAGCCGGUCUCACAGACAUCAACAUGGCCUUCAACUACGGCAAAAUUGCCCUCUUCAUCCUCGCUGCAAUUAGUCCGAAACAUGAGGCCCUUAUCGCUGGUUUGGCUGGUUGCGGUCUCAUAACUUCCGUCGUCUCUGUUGGCUGCACUCUAAUGCAGGAUUUUAAAACAGCCCAUUUGACCUCCACCUCCCCUAGAGCCAUGUUUGUCAGCCAAGUUAUCGGUACGACAGUUGGGUGCAUCACAGCGCCACUAAGUUUUUUUCUGUUCUACAACGCGUUCGACGUGGGAAAUCCCAAGGGGGAGUUCAAGUCACCAUACGCUUUGAUAUAUAGGAACAUGGCGAUUCUAGGAGUCGAGGGGGUCUCGGCUUUGCCAGAGCAUUGCUUGCAGAUGUGUUAUGGGUUUUUCGGGUUCGCAAUUGGGGUGAAUUUAGUGAAAGAUUUUGUUGGUGGUAGGAUUGGGAAGUUGAUGCCGAUACCCAUGGUGAUGGCGGUGCCGUUUCUGGUUGGCGGGUUUUUCACCAUUGAUAUGUGUUUAGGGAGUUUAAUUGUAUUCAUUUGGGGUAAAAUGAAUAAGAAGAAGGCGGAGCUGAUGUUGCCGGCGAUAGCUUCCGGCUUGAUUUGUGGGGAAGGACUCUGGGCUAUACCGGCCUCCUUUCUUGGUCUUGUUAAGAUUAAUCCUCCUAUUUGUAUGAAGUUUGUGCCCUCAUAGCUACCAAUGUUGGAAGUGUGUGGUGAGCACUCACAAAUAAAUAACCAACUAAUGGUUAUUUGAGAGAAAGCAAAACCAAUUUUAAUUGAAAGACUCUUCAAAUUUGGUUCACAUUUUCUAUUCAACUCUCUUUGCGUGUUUUUCUCUACACACUUAGAUACAUCAACAAUGUUAAUGUGAAUCCUAUUUAUAAGA